AUGUUUAUAAGAGUAUGUGGUGCAGAAUAUAAGCAUGAUUUAAUAUGGGGUACUUAUGAAUUUGUCGCAGAUGAAAAUUACUCACGAAAACGUGAAGAAAUUAUCCAUGGAAUUCAUUUAAUGAAUACUGGCAAUUAUAAAAGUGUAGUUCAGUGGUUUAAACAGGAUCAAAAAUAUAACAAUCGAAGUGCACCAAUCCUUUGGUGUCUAUUACCCCAUCGUGCAUCAUCAAGAGAUGGUCGUCUUCAUAUUAAUACUGCUCCGGUUCGUCUUCGUCGUGCUCAAAAUGAUGACCAUGGAAGACAUGAAUAUGGUCAUGUUGCUAUAGCAACAAUACUUUAUAUGAAAGAUUUAGCUUCAAUAUUUGACAAUGAUUGUGUUUUUUAUUUAUCUCAAGAUGAUAGGUGUAAAGUUCCAUUAGGUAUAUUUGCGGCUAAAAUUCAAGCAUCAAUGUUAAUGCAUAUGAAUUACCGAAUACGUUUACCAGGUCAUGUUUGGAUAGUUGUACCUCGACAUCAAUUAAUACCAAAUGUAUAUGCAGCAUAUUUUGAUCGUCUUGUUAGUUUAAAAGAAUUUGAAAAUGUAGCACGUGAUGGAACUGGACAAGUUAAACCAAUUGUUAUUAUUAUUAUUGAUGGUGGUCCCGAUGAAAAUCCAUGUUUUUCAAAAACACUUGUUGCAAGUGUUAAAAAAUUUAAGAAAUAUAGUUUAGAUGCACUUUUUAGUCUUAUACAUGAAUAA